UGUAUAUUAGCCGAUGCUUUCUCUUCAUUCCGUGUUCGGAGCAAACUAUUACAUUAAAAAAAGUUCGUUCGAGCAUCACAUGUGAACUGAACAUUGUUUAUUCCAAUUUCAAUAAUAAUCUCAACUUCCACCAACGUAUUCAAAUCCAAUAUUAAUGUAACUUUGUCACAUAUUCAAUUUUCUGGGCUAGAAAAUAUGGAAAAAGGUUUGUUAGAGAAAGACAGAGAGGGUGCUGGUUCAAGAAGCAUAACAUGGGGUGUAUUUUUUCAAGAGGUGAAAGAUGUUUGUUUUCUAGCAUUGCCUAUGAUUAGUGUAACUUUGUCACAAUAUUUUCUACAAAUUAUUUCAAUGAUGAUGGUUGGUCAUUUGGGUAAACUUUCUCUUUCUAGCACAGCUAUUGCUAUCUCUCUCUGUGUUGUCUCUGGCUUCAGUCUUCUUUUUGGAAUGUCAUGUGCACUUGAAACGCAAUGCGGACAAGCUUAUGGUGCAAAGCAAUAUAGAAAGUUUGGUGUUCAAGUUUACACUGCUAUCAUUUCUCUUAUUAUAGCUUGUGUUCCUCUCUCUUUAUUGUGGCUCAACUUGGGGAAGUUACUGAGUUUACUUGGCCAAGACCCUUUGAUUUCACAAGAAGCUGGAAAAUUUGCUAUGUGCAUGAUUCCUGCUCUUUUUGCUUAUGCAACUCUUCAGGCACUGGUCAGAUACUUUCUUAUGCAAAGUUUGGUUCUUCCUCUUGUUAUAAGUUCCUCUGUUACCCUUGGAUUCCAUGUAGCAUUUUGUUGGUUAUUAGUUUUUAAAUCUGGAUUAGGUAGCUUAGGAGCUGCAUUUUCUAUUGGCACUUCAUACUGGUUGAAUGUGAUUAUCCUUGGAUUAUAUAUGAAAUUCUCUGCUGAUUGUGAAAAAACGCGGUUUACAAUUUCAAUGGAGUCAUUUGAUGGAAUAGGUGAGUUCUUUCGCUAUGCUAUUCCUUCAGCUGGAAUGAUUUGCUUUGAGUGGUGGUCAUUUGAGCUCCUAGUCUUUCUUUCUGGUCUUCUUCCAAAUCCACAGCUUGAAACUUCUGUUUUAUCCAUAUGUUUGUCAAUCAUCUCAACACUCUAUACAAUACCAGAAGCAACUGGCUCAGCAGCAAGUGCAAGAGUUUCAAAUGCAUUAGGAGCUGGAUGUCCACACGCAGCACGAUUGUCUGUCUAUGCUGCUAUGGCUAUCGCAGUUUCUGAGGCUAUAUUGGUGAGUUCCAUCAUUUUCGCCUCUCGACGGGUGUUAGGUUAUAUAUUUAGCAAUGAGCAGGAUGUGGUGGAUUAUGUCACAGAUAUGGCUCCUCUAAUAAGUCUAUCUGUUAUAGUAGAUAGUUUACAUGGUACCCUUUCAGGUAUUGCUAGAGGAUGUGGUUGGCAGAAAUUGGGAGCAUAUGUGAACCUUGGAGCCUAUUAUGUUUUUGGAAUUCCAAUUGCUGUUAUAUUGGGUUUCUGGUUUGAAUUGAGAGGAAAAGGUCUUUGGAUUGGGAUAAUUGUUGGUGCCUCCUGUCAAGCAGUUUUGCUAUCCCUUAUAACAAGUUUUACAAACUGGGAAAAACAGGCAAUUAAGGCACGGGAAAGGAUAUUUCAAGAAAGUUUUGCAGUACAAAGGAUAGAUUAGUUUGAGCAAAUAAAGAAGAUUCCUCAGAGUUGCCAACUUGAUUAAUUAAAAAGAUCAUAUCUCAUAUACUGUAUGGUCCAAGGAGGAAAAAGCAUUCACACAGAAAAGAGUUAUAAAAUUGAUGUUAUUUUUUUUAUUUAAUUUUUGCAAAGGUUUUGCUGUGUUAGUGUAACUUUUAACAUUGUAAUCUUCAAUUUCUUUUUUUUCUUUUUUUUUUGGUGAAAAAGUCCAUAGUAAAACUAUUCAAAGCAAUUUUUGGAUGGAAUAAUUCUUGUGCAGACUUUAUUUACCUCUCGAUCGAACUCUGGGUUAUCAGGGCCUCCUUCCCUUGAAAACCAAAGGGUUAACACAUUUUUUUUGUCAA